AUGAGCUCGCACGCGACAAGAAGCUGGCGGACCGGGCGUUUCUCGACCCGGCGCCGGAGGGCGUGCCCCUGCGAGCUUCCGCUGGACGACGACAAGGACUUCGUUGCGAUGGAGCAGGAGCGCAAGCGGCUGCUGGAGGACCCGCGCCGGAAUGCGAAAGAAAUCGCUGCACUGGAGGAAGAGAUGAAUCGUCGUGCGCUUGUUUUGAGUAGAGGUUUAUUUUCUGAGGAACGUGUGUACGCGGACCAGGCUCGAAUUGGGGUUGCUUUUGCCCCUUCGGCGUUUAGUAGUGAUGAAGACAUGAUUGUGUUUGAGGGCAAUCCCACGGAGGGGUUCAUGGAAUCAUGUGAUGGGAGUGCAGUGCAUGUUGUCGGGAUUGAGAAGCGUGAUGCCAAACGUGUUGGUUUUUCGGUGGCUGAUUUUCGUGAUAGGUUGGCGGAAUUUAUUGAUUCGAAUCCUGAGGGUAUCCCGUUGAAUGAGUUGGAGUUGGAUGGGGACGUGGAAUUUUGUGAAAUGGUGGAGGUUUUAUUUGAAUUGCUGCAGAGUCCCCAGCGGAACACAGAGGCCAUUAAGGAUCAGCAGUAUGCCAUGAAUAACUACGUGCAUGAUCUGGCGUUGGAUGUGCUGCGGCGGGACAGGGGAUAUCUUAUUCUACAACCGCAGGGCGUACCCGUAGCGGACCUCCCUCUGGAUGACCCAGUGUUUCAUGAGAUGGAGCUGCAGCGGCGUAAUCUGAGGAAAGAACCGGAAAAGAAUGCAGCAAGAAUAGCCGAGUUGGAAGACAAGCUAAACGGUCGCGCGGAUGAGCUUGCCAGGCUUCUCCGUGUGAGGGAGAGAGUAUUUCUGGAAGAGGAGACGAAUGGUGUGCCACUAGAGUGCCUUCCAUUAAAUGAAGAUCCGGUGCUGCAUGGACUGGAGACGCGCCACAGGAAGCUGUUGCGGGCGACGCCUAGGAACGAUGUGGCUAUUCGUAGUAUUGAAGAGACUAUCGUGCAACGUGUGCGUGAGUUGGCUUUUCAGUACCGCGGGUGGCAGGAUGAGGAAUUCCAUGAGGCGAAUAAACACAUGGCAGAGGAGUGGCCACGCAUCUGUCAGCUCUACCCAGAGGGUGUCCGUGACUCAGUGGUGCCGGAGAAAAAGCUUCCAUCGCACGUUAUUUCUGCACCUUGUGAACUGGGUUAUUUAGCUCCAUUCAUUGCCGCUAUGAGUCAGUACCCUGCGCUUAUUGACCGUCUGUUUGAGACAAAGUUGCAUCCUCCAAACGGUCCAUAUACUUGCGUCUUUUAUGAUUCUAACAGUAUUCCAGUGCGCGUGGACAUUGAUGAUCGUGUUCCUGUGGAUGCAAACAUGGAGCCGAAGUUUACACGAGUUCCAAAGCACUCGUGGUACCCCCUCUUGCUGGAGAAGGCCUACGCGAAAUUUGUUGGCGGAUACUCACGGCUUGACCAGUGCACACCCCAUGAAACGUUGCGUGACUUAACAGGCUGCCCAGUGACACACAUUCCGUUCGAGGAAAAACGUGCGGAAGGGUUAAAGAUGGGUGAUUUCCGUUCCGUGAAUUUCUGGCGUGGCAUACACGCUGAUUUUUCAAGGGGUGAUAUUAUUACAGCGAUGUCCACGAAGUUUGUUCCAGAUGGCAUUCAUCCGCAGUGCUGUUACGGCGUCUUUGGGAUUAUUGAAACUGCUGGGGAGUCAAGUGACCCGGCGGACGUUGUUGUGAAGCUACACAACUGUUACUUUGAUGCGCCAACUUACAAUGGCCCGCUCAACCGAGAGGACCCGCGCUGGACAGCUGAGCUAAGGAAAAUUUGCGGUUUUAACCCGACAGAGGAGGAGUUUUUGUACUUGCCAGUGCCCGUAUUUUUGCGUAAUUUCUCCAGCAUGCAGCGAUGCCACAUUAACUGCGGUGACCGCCUCAGUGCUUCUGGGGAGUGGGACAAAAAUUCAUGUGGGGGAAAUCCGAAGUUCACAACUUUUCGGAGCAAUCCGAUUUAUUUGGUGGAGAAUAAGUCUACGCGUCCGGUGCGAAUUCUGGCCGAGCUGUGCCACACGGCACCUGUUUUUUAUGAUGCCGACGGUAUCGGUCACUACCACCAGACAGGCUUGGCGCUUUUGCAGCAUCACGAGUCCGUGUCUGUGGUGAGUGGAAUGAUUACGAAUUCAACGCACAAGUUUGUUCAGAAGGGCAUUUUGUUGGAUACGCGGGAAGUGUGUUCACGGAUGGAGGUUCCACCGCGGUCGGCGUGUAUUCUUGUUCCCUACACGAUGAAGCGCGGCUGCCUGGGCAAGUUUGGCCUCUCUAUUUAUCCUGGAAACUCGGGUGUGACGUUGAUGCCAUUGAGCCCGCUCCAUGCCACGCACAGCACCUGUGAGGUGGAGGUGAUUCUUACGCCAGGCAACCGUGAGGGGAAACGCAUUGACUUUGCGGUUAGCGAGGCCUGCGACGUGCACCUGCUGCUUCGCCAGAAGAAAAUCACAGAUCCGGCGUCCAUUAAAAAGGGAGACGCGCUCGCCGAGGACGACGUGAUGAUGAUGGUGUACGACGCACACACGACGCGUUUGGCGACGACCGGUGAUGCGACGAGCGCACGCGAGCACUCGCUUGUGCUACAGCUGCCUCUCUCGGGGCGGUAUUCUGUUUUACUGGGCUGUCCAAACAGACCCGUGACGGGCGACUGCCCGUGUUCGCUUUUCAUUUACACCCCACGGUGGGUCACCACAAGGAUCUUGCCACCCCCAAAAGGUGGAGCUCCGGCGGUAGUGUCGUUUGUGCCGCCUCCUCACUCCAUCCGGAGCGCCCCGCCGCAGGCAAGCAGAAAUGGAAACGGCAACGGCGCUACGGGCGUCGCGAGCGCAGCAGUGGGUUAG